CUCAUACCCGAGAUGGCUAAAAGCCCCUUGACAAGGUAUACCGAUAUGAGGCACACAUUUACUUUGCUCUAAAACAAAUGUAAGUUAAGUUCAAGGUAGUUUUUGAAUAAUCACGGGCAUUCAAGCAUAUAUAUGCAUUACAACUUUAUAUCGGCGGUAAUGACAAACACGCAUUAUUAGUAUAAUAAUUCAACUGAAUACCAAAAAUGGAACUUCGCGCUACUGAAGAUAUAUUUGAAAAUAAAAAAGCUGUGGCCAAACGUUCAUAUAUACUGUGUCUGAUUGUGACAAUGGCCGUGGGAAUUGGUCUUGGAAUACUCAUCGGGAGAUUUGCAAUUUGUGACAAAAAGAUAGAAACAAACAAUUCUGAACAACCUCUCUUUAACAAGGAAGCAGAUCCAAGUACUAGUUCAAAUAUUAUGAAUGGGAUUGAUGCAGGAAAAAUUCGCCAAUAUCUGCAAGGCUUGUCUGAACUCCCCCAUCUCGCUGGAACUGAUGCCGAUUAUAAACAAGCUAAAGAGCUCCACGACUUCUGGAAGUCGGAAGGUUUGGACGAGGCUUUCAUCGCUCCGUACGAUGUACUGCUGUCAUAUCCUAAUACCACAAACCCGGAUGUUAUGAACAGGAUUUUUGUCUACAAUCAGAAUGACGCCGUGGAAUGGCAGUCGAACCUGUUCGAGCCGAUCCUUCAUCCCAGCGAAAACAAAUCUAACGUUGUCCCGCCUUUUAAUGCCUAUUCUGCGCCCGGGAAUGUCACAUCCUCAGAGUUGUUCUACGUUAACUAUGGUCGUGUGGAGGACUUCCAGUGGUUGGUCACUAACAAGUCUGUUAACAUCACGGGGAAGAUGGUCAUCGCCAGAUACGGAAAAAUCUUCAGGGGGGACAAGGUUCGCCUAGCUUCACGAUAUGGCGCCUCUGGUAUCAUCUUAUACUCCGAUCCCCUGGACUACACAGAUGGUCCCAACUCUAAAGUUUAUCCUAAUGGCUGGUGGCUUCCAGACACGGGCACUCAGAGAGGGACCACCUUCAUGGGUAAAGGGGACCCUUUAACUCCAGGCUACCCGGCAACAGAUACAGCCUACCGAGUUGAUGAAGAGAAAUUGAAAGGUGAUCUCCUUCCAAACAUCCCCGUUCAUCCUAUCGGAUAUGGUGUGGCAGAGAAGCUGCUUAGUUACAUGGGAGGUGAGGAGGUUCCAGAAUCUUGGAGGGGAGGGAUUAAUACAACGUACAAAAUUGGGGGACUGUUGAAAAAUUCCGGAUGGAAAAUCAGAAUACGGAUUUCAACACGGAAUAUGCGGAAGACAAUUUACAAUGUGUUUGGCCUUAUCAGAGGAGAAAUUGAACCAGACAGGUAUAUUUUGCUUGGCAACCAUCGUGACGCCUGGGUGUUUGGAGCAAUAGAUCCUUCUAGUGGAACAGCUGUAAUGAAAGAGGUGUCCCGAGUAAUGGGAAACCUGGUUCGAGCAAAGAAAUGGCGCCCCCGUCGGACGAUCAUAUUUUGUAGUUGGGGAGCGGAAGAGUAUGGGUUAAUAGGAUCAACCGAAUGGAUUGAGCAAUAUAUUAAGAACCUGGCAGAGCGGGCGGUGGCGUACCUUAAUGUAGAUAUAGCUGUAACAGGAAAUUAUACCUUAACAAGUGGAGCUACCCCUCUAGUACAUCAUGCUUUGUUUGAAGCUUCGAAAUCCGUGCCGAAUCCAGAUGCUGCGCGCGCAGCUCAAGGACUGAAGACUGUGUAUGACAACUGGAGAUCAAGUACCCCAAGUGAAGAAGACAACACUAAACCAAAGAUUUUCCCCCUUGGCUCCGGAAGUGACUUUGCAUCCUUCAUACAACAAAUUGGAUUACCCAGUGUUGAUUUAUUCUACAACUAUGACGAAAAAAAGUACAAAAUUGCGUUCUAUCCUUUAUAUCACUCGAAGUACGAAACUUUUUACGCCGUGGACGAAAUACUGGACCCUGGAUUUCAGUUUCACAAAGCAGUGGGACAGGUCUGGGCCGAAUUAGCCAGGAAUCUUGCAGAUUCUUUGAUUGUUCCAUUUGAUGUUCGAGAUUAUGCACGUGCUUUAAACGAUCUUGUUAAACAACUUAAUACAUCUGAAACUGGGUCUAUUCUGCGAACCAAAAUAAGUUUAGAUAAACUUUUUGAAGCUGCUGCUAAUUUCACAAAUGAAAUUAGUUCAUUUUAUAGUGCGCAACAGAAAGUGGAUAAAGCAAAUCCUUAUGCGAUACGACAAAUCAAUGACCAGCUGAUGCAAUUAGACCGAGCAUUCACAGACCCAGCAGGUCUGCCUAAUAGACCGCAGGCCAGACACAUUUUAUUUGCCGAGAGUAGUGUUAACGCUUACGCUGGAAGCAGUUUCCCUGGCUUGUCAGACACAACGUUUGAAAUAAUCGGAAGUGAAAAUGAAAGUGAACGAUGGGAAGUAGUGAAAAAACAUUAUGCAGCCAUAAUAUUUGCAAUACAGUCUGCUACGUCAUCAUUACGUGAUGUAACUAGAUUCAUGCCAUCAAUGUAAUCAUACUUAAUUCAUGUAUUGAUUUGCUUGAAUUUUCAAAACUUAAAAGUGCAGUUGCUUAUUUCAUGUAGCAAGUGAGAUUCUGCGUAUUUUUUAUAUAUGUGUCUGAGUUGAUGAAUGUCGUUUAACUUUUAUUAUAAUGACGUGUUAACUAUAUUAUUGUUGUAUUAAACAUAUCCUGUAAAAAGUGAAAUAAAAUAUGAAAGUA